GCAAGCGCAGCGUACCGAGCAACCGGAAGAUCAUCAGGAGAAAAAAAUGUAUCGAAAAGAAAAACCAUUACCUUUAAAAAGCAGUGCUUCUUCUUUAACUAACAAUCUUACAGUGUUCAUAAGUCCAGAAAAAGGUUCCAUGAGUUAUGCUGUCGUACAUAAAUCUGUAGUUAAUGUAAUUUCUUCGUCACUUGAUGGCUCCACAGUCACCAAUCGUCAAGUAGUCUGCAAAGAACCAUCAGCCGUUCAACAGAACACACCUAUGGUUAUACAGGCAAAAUGGAUAAGUUUACCUAACAGAACAGUACUAGUCCUUACAUCUUUAAGGGGCAUACAAAUGUUUGAAUCAGAUGGAUCGGCUAUGAUUUAUUGGCAUGCAUUAGGUGAUCCUAGCAGUUCUGAUACACAAGAUCAAACCAAUUAUGGAAGAGGUAUUGCUGGAGUUGGAGAUAGUUUUAUAUGUGUUGGAACACAGAUUGGAGAAAUUCAUGUUUUUAAUGUUCCUGCAAAGGGAACUAACAUUAUGCUGAAAGAAAGUUUGGUUGGUCAUAAACAUCCAAUAUGUGAUUUAACAUCAGGACCUAACAAACUGAUCAGUAGUGAUGAACAAGGCAAUAUAUUUAUAUGGUCAUUACAACCUAAUGGUUCAUUGAAACAGACAGGAUCUGUCAUGGGGAAGGGAGUACCAUGCAGUAGUUUAGUACUGUGGAAUGAUAUCAUAGUUGGAGGAUAUGGUGAUGGUCAGUUACGAGUUUAUUGUGCCAAGACAGCCAAGUUAGCUGCUACAGUCAAUGCCCAUGCUAGAUGGGUGAAUGCCAUUGAUGUAGCUCCAGAAACAGGGAGAAUCUUAUCUGUUAGUGAAGAUACUUUUGCCAAAGUAUGGCAGUUAAAAGAAGGAACUUUGCCAGAGAUUGAAUAUAAAUAUAGUGAGUCUGUAACAGAUUUACAAUUAGUAGGAGGACAGUUUAUACAGAAAGGUGGGCGUGGCUUCUGUGUGACAGGAUAUGACAACUCAGACAUUACAUUUUUUGUACAAAACUAAACAUUUUAGGCAAUGACAGAACAUUAGAAAUUUUUUACAUGGAAAAAGUAAAUGUUUUUACAAGGUGACCAACUGGAAAAUUUAUAUAAAAUGAAAGAUGAUUUCCUGUGUCAAUUUUGAAGCUCUGUUUUUAUGUAAUCAAAUCUGAAAUCCCUUUUUGUUCAAAUGAUGUGCAAUGGUAAUGAAUGUAAAACUGAAAUGUUCUUUGAGAUGAAGUAUGAUUUUAUUGUGAAAGAGAAAAUGACAUACACUAAAGAUUUGAAAUGAAGACUUUAUCAUUUUAAGUCUGAUAUAAUGUUUGCUCUAAGAUACAUAUCUGUAGAAAUAUUGUUGUUGAUGUUCGUAGUAGAUUUGUUGUUAUUCUGCAGCUGCAUUAGUUACGACAUGAUGUGUGAUUAUGUAUAUCUUUCGUUAUAUUAAAUCUGUUAUAUUUUUAAGGGAACUAUAAAAAAAUGAGUUAUUAUAUUCAUUGAAAAAUAAAAUAUAUUUUUAUACUUUUUAAUCAUGAGGAAAAUAGAACUAAGAUUAUAUGAAUAUGAAAGUAAAUUUCAUUUUGAGUUAUUUAUUCAGAAAAGUUGUGAAAUUAUGGAAUAUUUUAUUACAUUGUUUUAACUUUUGUAAGUAAGCAAGUCCGUCCAGCUUAUUCCUAUAUGCUUUUGUGGAUAGUAAAUAAAUAUUUUUUUCAAA